AUAGUAAUUCUACGAGACUAGAACCGCCAGAAUUUGGAAAGGGCGAAAUUAUAGGGAUUUGAAACUUCCGACUCUUCAUUCUCGGUCAUUAAACGUUGUACACCCAAUCUACACUCUAUCCACUCUCUCCACUAUCGCCUCUCCCCAAACCCUAGAUUUGUUAACAACGCGCAACUCUUUCAAGUAAUCGACCGCAAGUGUCUGAAAUUUCAUCACACAUUCGCCGUCGUUCCUAACAACGAAACGCUGCCGGCAUUAGGACAGAUAGAAUAUGCCUAAGCAAGGACGUCCACGCUCACAACCAUCCCAAGUUGCAGACAAGCAGCUUAGGGACGAGAUAGACGACGCAGUGAAUGACAUUAUACUAGUGGCAUUGGCAAAAAAAUUCAGAGAUAGGUUGGCUUAUGUAGGCCCAAGUAUGUCUAGAAAUGAGGUUGAGCCGAAUCAACCUACAGGUCGAAAAGGUGAUCGACUCUACUGUAGUCGUACCCCGUCAGAAUUCCUCAACUGCUUGAAGCAGUUGAAUCCUAGGCAGAGAAGGUCGAUGACUGAAAUUGGAUUUGGGGGUGUUCUUGACUUUGACAUCAAGGAGAUCCCGAGAUAUCUUGCGUACUGGGUGUUGAACGCCCUUCAUCUAGCACGAUGCCAAAUUAAGCUGGCGGCCGGGGAAUACCUCACACUAGACGAGGAAGACACCCACUUGACGUUGGGGUUCCCUCGAGGCCCUAAAUAAAUCACAA